UGGCGAAGGCGUCAGGCACACGUGAUCCUAGGGCAAGGGUUACUACCACCAUGUUCGAGGCACCCGUUACCGUGGAUGGCCGCGGCCACCUGCUCGGGCGCCUGGCGUCCGUCGUGGCGAAGGAGCUGCUUGGCGGCCAGAAGGUGGUCGUCGUGCGAUGCGAGCAGAUCACCAUCAGCGGCUCUCUGGUCCGUAACAAGGUGAAGUACAUGCAGUACAAGAAGAAGAGGCACAACACCAACCCCAAGCGCGGCCCGUACCACUUCCGCUCGCCUGCCCGCAUCUUCUGGCGGACGGUGAGGGGAAUGCUCCCCCGCAAGACCGCCAGGGGCGAAGAGGCGCUCGCACGCCUCUCGUGCUUCGAGGGCAUCCCGGCCCCCUACGACAAGAAGAAGCGUAUGGUCGUACCAAACGCCCUUCAGGUGAUCAGGAUGGCACCCGGCCGCCGCUUCUGCGUGCUCGGACGCCUAUCCGAGGAGGUCGGAUGGCCGCACGCAGACCUCAUCAAACGCCUCGAGGCCCAGCGCAAGAUCAAGUCGGAGGCGUACUACGUGGACAAGAAGGCGGCCAAGCAGCUCAAGGACAAGGCCACGGCAGAGGCCAACUUGGCUGCCGUUGCGCCCGUGCUCGAGGAGUACGGCUUCUAAUCGAACUCCAAAUCCACCGCCAUUCCAUACCGCUGCUUGCUGCAGCAGUUGUAACUCUCCUAGCCGUUGCGGGUAGGCCCUCUGUAGUUUGUUCGCCGUGCUCAGUGGUUAACUUUCUUCGUUUCAAGGGGGGGAGGUGGCGUGUGUGCGCUUUGGGACAAGUUCUAGCUUGGUUGGCGGGUUUGCGGGGUACAGCAUGGUCGUCGUAGUUUCGCGGGAUCAUGGUGUGGGAUAAAUGUCCGACGGAUCUUCACGUGUUUUUCUUUUCUUUCGCGUGACUCUUCUUGGGGUCAGCGUGACCCUUCCAUAGCACUCUGCUUGCGUCCAACGGGGAGUCUUGCUCGUGCACGCUGAGGAGUAGAUGGUGGUCAAAUCAGCUUCUCGAUGUGUGUCCCUCCCUGGCACCGACUGACUAGGGUCCGUGGGGAACUAGCGACGCUGGCGUGUUCACCGCAGGUCCAUCGCAGCCAUGUCACGUCAACGCGUACUUCCACACAUGACACGCGUGUUAAUUCUUCCU